AUGAGGCAGAAAGCCACCAAACCCACCAGCCCGCCUCAGCUCCCCGCACCACUGUCGUCUGCUCACCCUGUCAGCCCCCGGGAGAAGGUUUCGAUGGGUGUGAGAAAGAGAAAAGAGGAGGUCGCCAGCAACAAAGACACAAGAAAGGCUCUCAACGCUCAGCUGUGCAUCCAGAGGAGUAAGAGGACUCACCUGCUCGGCCCAUCGAAGGACUGCUACCCACAACCCGCCCAGCCCCGGACAGAGGCCCCCCAGUCUGCGCGGCAUGCGGCGGGUCAGGGCACGAGGGGUCCUGAGGAUGCUUCUCUGUCAGAAGUCUUCAUAUCAGGAGGCGGCCUUCAGGCUCAUCUCGACGGCCUCUCCGUCCCAUCGACCAGAUCCCCCAGUGCCACCGACAUGCCCCUCAUGCCCUUCGGCUUCAGAGCAAUCGGCAGCUGCAAUAGAGCUACGGAGCGUAGCUUCGGCUGCAAGGUGUGCGGGAAGGCGUUCAAGCGCUCGUCCACCCUGUCCACACACCUCCUCAUCCACUCGGACACGCGGCCCUACCCCUGCCAGUACUGCGGCAAGAGGUUCCACCAGAAGUCGGACAUGAAGAAGCACACCUUCAUUCACACGGGUGAGAAACCACACGUGUGCAAAGUGUGCGGUAAAGGAUUCAGCCAGAGUUCCAACCUCAUCACCCACGGCCGAAAGCACAGCGGCCACCGGGCCUUCGGGUGCCCCGGCUGUCAGCACAGCUUCCGGCGCAGGGUGGACCUGCAGCGCCACCGAGAGACGCACUGCGGCGACGGAGACACGUACGCUCAGACCUGA